AUGGCGGCGGCGGUGAGGGUGGAGAAGGCGACGAGCGACCUGCUGCUGGGGCCCGACUGGAGCCUCAACAUCGACAUCUGCGACGGCGCCAACUCCGAUCACGGGCAAGCAAAGGAGGUGAUUAAAACUGUGAAGAAGCGUCUUCAACACAAGAAUUCAUCGGUUCAAUCUCUUGCAUUGACGCUGUUGGAGACUCUGGUGAAAAAUUGUGGGGAUCAUGUGCAUUUUCUGGUUGUAGAGCGCGGUAUAUUGCCAGAAAUGGUCAAACUUGCCAAGAAAAAGGCAAAUGUGCAAGUGAGGGACAAAAUUUUGACACUCCUUGAUUCUUGGCAAGAAGCAUUUGGUGGGCCUGGUGGGAAGCACCCUCAGUUCUACUGGGCAUAUUCUGAACUUAAGCAAUCUGGUUUAGAAUUUCCUAGGCGCUCACCUGAGGCAGCAACAAUAUUCGCCCCUCACCUUCAACCAGGGAUCGGGAGUCCAGUCAAUUCGUCCUUGAGAGCUGAUGGGAUGAUUUCAUCAAGUGGCUCUCCUCUGAGUUUGUCAGACCUGCAACGCAUUUUAAGUGCCGCGGAGCUACUAAGUGAGAUGCUGAGAGAAGUAGAUCCAAAUGAUCAUGAGGCUGUGAAUGAUGAAAUUAUCGCGGAACUUGUGAACCAAUGCCGAUCAUACCAGAAAAAGAUCAUGAGUUUGGUUAGUUCAGUGAGUGAUGAGGACCUCUUGAGCCAAAGUCUCGACUUAAACGACAGAUUGCAAAUUCUGCUUUCCAAACACGAUGCAAUUGCAUCAGGUUCCCCUCUACCGGGUGAAGAAACGGAUGUGUUGAGUGAAUUGCCCAGAGGGAUCACUACACCCCCUGCAGUAACAGUUGUUCCAGAAACUGCCAUUGUACCAACUUUUGUCUUGGAUGAUGAAGAGGAAGAGGAGGAAGAUGAUGAGUUCUCUCAGUUAGCUCGCAGGUCGAAUUCGAGAUUCAGGUCAGCAAAUGACAAGAGCGCCUCUUCAGGCGUAGGCGCAUCAUCGUCGUCCACGCAGGAUGGAACAGCAAGCUCAGCAGCUUCUGUGACCACUACAGCAUCACCAUCUACUUCAAGCAGUGCAUUAGCAUUGCCUGAUCAUCUAGCUCCUAUAAGGACUUCUCCAGAAGACAAGAUUAUGAGCGACCUCCUUGCGCUCACCAUAGUGUCAAGCCCAUCACCUGAACCUGCCUUGCAUCCUGGUGGUUCCCCAACCAGCUAUCAUCCACAGCCUCAUUAUGUAGACCCAGAGCAAACAGCUGCAGCGCACAAUAGCUACGUCGCUCCUUGGGCUCAGCAUCAACCUCAAACUGCACCCAUUAAGCAGCAGCAGCAGCCACCACCUCAACCUCAACCACAAUUUCCUUACAACCCAUCUCCUUACCCGCCACCACCAUGGGCCCCACAGGACAACACCGAGUCAAACCCUUUCGUGGCAUCUUCGUCGCAGCAUCUUUCUACCUCCAGCUCGUCUCUUAAAGUACCGCUGAACAUGAGGCCCCUACAGCAAUCGCAAUCUUUUGGCGUACCGCUUCGAAGUGCCGCGUCAGAUUCACCGACAAACAAGAGCCUGAAGCAACCAAUGUCUGCAGGGUCUCGCAGGCCGUCUUAUGUUCCUUCUAACAAGUUCUUUGAUGAUCUGCUCGAGAGAAAUGCGGAUGGCACUCUGAAAACGGGCAGCACGGUAAUUGGAGGAAUGUCCAGUCCAUACAAACCGUAG